AUGACUCCCAAGGUCCUCGUCGUUCUCACCUCCCACGACAAGCUCGGUAACACCGGCAAACCUUCCGGCUGGUAUCUGCCUGAAUUCGCCCACCCCCAUGAAAUCCUCCACAACAAGGUCUCCCUGACCAUCGCCUCGCCCAAGGGCGGCGAAGCCCCGCUCGACCCUUCCUCCGUGAAGAUGUUCGAAGCAGACCCCACAUCCCAGACCUUCCUGAAGGAACAGAAGGCCCUCUGGACAAACACCCACAAGCUCUCAGACAUUGUCCCUCGCGCAGCUGAGUUCGACGCCAUCUUCUACGUCGGCGGUCACGGACCCAUGUUCGACCUGACCACCGACCCCGUCUCCUUGGCCCUAAUUCAGACUUUCGCUGCAGCCAACAAGCCCGUUGCGGCUGUCUGUCACGGACCCUGCGUUCUGUUGAACGCAACUGCUCCUUCCGGCGUUCCUCUCAUUUCCGGUGCGACUGUCACCGGAUUCUCGAACGAGGAGGAGGAUGCCGUUCAGCUUUCUUCUGCUAUGCCUUUCAUGCUGGAGACUGAACUUGGUCGUGUCUCUGGUGGCAAGUAUGUGAAGGCUGCUGAGGCGUGGGGUGAGAAGGUUGUCAUUGAUAAGACGACGACUGGCUCUGUGCUGAUUACCGGUCAGAACCCUUCUUCUUCUGCCGGUGUUGGUAAGGCUAUCCUUGAGGUUCUGGGAUUGUAA